AUGGCAACAGUAGGAGAAAAAUUGAUGAAGCGCUUAAUCCAACUUGGAGCUACGAUGGCUGUUGGUGCUGGUGUUGUAUCGAAGGCAUUAUAUAACGUUGAUGGUGGACAACGAGCUGUAAUCUUCGAUCGUUUUACUGGUGUAAAACCUGACGUUAUCGGCGAAGGGACGCAUAUGCUGAUUCCAGGAAUCCAAAAACCAAUUAUUUUUGAUAUUCGAUCAACUCCACGAGUUGUCUCCACGAUUACAGGAAGUAAAGACCUGCAAAAUGUGCAAAUAACGUUGAGAAUUUUGCAUCGACCCGAGCCGGGCAAAUUACCUAAUAUAUAUUUGAAUAUUGGACGUGAUUAUGCAGAAAGAGUGCUACCUUCAAUUACAAAUGAAGUUUUAAAAGCUGUUGUUGCUCAGUUCGAUGCACAUGAAAUGAUCACACAACGAGAAAGUGUUAGUCAUAGAGUUUCUCUUGAACUAUCAGAAAGAGCGAAACAGUUUGGCAUUUUAUUAGAUGAUAUUGCCAUUACGCAUCUAUCUUUCGGGCGGGAAUUUACAGAUGCUGUCGAGAUGAAACAAGUUGCACAGCAAGAAGCUGAAAAAGCUCGUUAUCUUGUCGAAACAGCAGAGCAAAUGAAAGUUGCAGCUGUAACAACUGCAGAAGGUGAUGCACAAGCAGCUAAACUUUUAGCUCAGGCAUUCAAAGAAGCUGGUGAUGGCUUAAUUGAGUUAAGAAAAAUAGAAGCUGCAGAAGAAAUAGCCGAAAGGAUGGCGAAAUCCCGAAAUGUUGUGUAUUUGCCGAAUAAUCAAAAUACACUCUUCAAUAUGCCAGCAGUGUAG